GAGCUCCUCAAAUUUGCCUUAAGUCAAGAUGGAAUCUGGGUCACCCUGGGAUGCCCACCCCAUAAAGCUACCUACUUCUACGACGCCCACGAGAGAAGUCUGGAGGAGAUUGCCAGCUCAACAGCGAGGGUCGUUGCGCUUGGACCGUGCGGUCUGGACCACACCAUCGACACGCUUGAUUGGAUUCAGAGUUUUGUGUUCGAGGCCCAGGUCCGGGUGGCGGCAAAACUGAACAUCCCCCUGGUCGUCGAAUGCAGAGAAGCAGAAGAUGACGUCAUCGCUAUCUUACAGAAGGUAAAUUGUUUUUUUUAACAAAAAAAAAUAUAAAUGAAACACAUUUUUUUCAAAGGAAACAUUUUAUAAAUUAUUCUGAAUCCCAGAGAUGUAUCUUGAUUAAAUUAAAUCCUCCCAGGGGGAGAUUUACAAAAUGAUUUACACAUGACUUUCGUAGUAGUCGCGUCCUUUUACCCCACUCUAGGUACGCCAAUUUAGUUCAUUAUUGUUUAUUUUUGUUGUAUUUAUGCCGUUGGUUUACAUUAUCUCUCCCUAACAAACAUUGUUCAAAUGCUUUGGUCUAAUUGAAAAGUUUAAGUUCUGAGGUCGAACUUAAUAAUAUCGGAUGUAACUUAAAUGGGUGUUCUGUUAAAUCACUGCAUCUGAAUUCAUAUUUUUUUUAGUUAUGUGUGUGUAUGAAAUGUAUAUAUUUAUAGGGGGAGCUAUGUAUAUUAAUUUAGGAAUGUGUGUCAGUCUGAUUCAUUGGUUUGCUUAAUCUGUUUUUAUAUUUCAUCAAUUCACCGAACCAAACAGCACCAUGUGUAAACGAUGCAUAAUCCUUUAUCCUUACAGCACCUGCCCAAUACACAGAAAAUUCACCUCCAUGGGUUUACUGGCGACAUGGUCCUGGCCAAUCGCUGGCUGUCCCAUUACCCCAACGUCUACUUCGGACUGUCCCCGGCCAUUGGUGACGUCAGCUCAUCUAGGUCCGUGAAGGAGAUGGUCGCUUCAAUCCCUCUCAACCGGAUCCUGCUGGAAUCUGGGGCUUCUCAAACAGUUCCUGAG